AUGGCCAAUCAUAGAAAGAUAUUCUGUUCCAAAUCAUUGAUUCCGAUUAAUCAGAAUGGCUCGGAUAGUUUACUGAACAACACAAGUAGCUCUUUUAGUGAGUCUGAGAUCUUUUUUGAGUCUCCAUCAGCAAAUGCUAAAUUAAGAGCAGAAAGAAAAGAUCAAGGUAAACAAAAGUUCAAAGCCGGAAAAGUCACAAGAACGUUAAGUUCAGAGCCAAUUGACGCUUCUCCAAAGAAAAUGAAGCUUGCCGAGACCUGUGAGCCGACGAUCUCAAUUAUGCAGCUUCCUCCGUUUGAAAGUAGGGCGGAAAGAGCAGCCCGAAGAAGAGCUGUAGCGGAGGCCAAGAGACCAAGAAGCCAAGAAAUACCUGGAUCUAGUUCCGAGCAAUUUAAGCUUUCCGCUCCUAUUGAUAUCCAAUGCAAAGGUACUUGUUCUCAAGUGGCUGAGUCUCCCAGUACUGUGCCUCAAGACUACACCAACGAUCCGAUUAUAACCUCAUCAUUGAUGGAAGACAAUACCGACAUUAUGCAGGAGCAGGAGGCUACAAAAAACACAUCUAUAUUUAACAAUGAUACGGAGAUGAACUUGAUCAAUUUUUUUCAGCCACCAGCACCGACAAAUCAAGAUAGAUUGGCACGGGAUUUGAGGACCCUGCUGGACAGAAUGACGAAUAUGGAAUCACUGCUAACCAAAAGACACAAUCAGAUGUGCAAAGAGCUUGAAGCAGACAAGUUCCACAAGCAACAGGUGUCCGAGAUGGUUGCCCAAACUAGAAAGAUCAUCGGGACCUUGACGAAAUCCAGGUCACAUGACCAGAUAAAUUAA